AUGCCCAUCAUCGACAAAGACGUCCCCCAAACCAUCUCGAUCCCUUCAGCUACGCUGCGCAAAUUCUCGGGAUCUCGAGUCGACCCGUACACCCGCUACGUCGCCUACCGGCUCUUCAGAGACCUGAACAUCUCGGUCCAGGGCCAGCGGAACAUCAACAAUGCGCUCAGCAACCUCCCCGUCCACGUCUCGGUCGCGCCGGGCGAGAAGUUGUCCUUUGGUUGGGGUCUGUCCAAUGUCAUUCGUGACCAGGCUGUGCAUGAGGGUUCCUACGAGCACCUGGCCAUGAUGAUCGCGUUGGGAGAGAGUUUCCAUGAACCCUACGGGGCCAGAGUCCUCAUGGCCAUGGCCGAUGCCGCUGCCGGCCCCGACGACAUGACGCCCCAUUUCAGUCAGUGGCAGGCUGCACUGCACGGGUGCAACGGCAUAUUCGCCACGUCGGAUUUCGGGCUACUGGUCGAGGAUUAUCUUCAGAUCGACCCUUAUCCCAUCGUCUAUCCUAUGGAGGGGGUCAAGAGAAUUGAUGAUGUCUUCCCACCAAGCAUGAUCGCUGAAGCGUUACGGGCGUUGAUGCGCGUCACAAAGGGAGAAGCAAAGCAUGUCACGCUCAUCGGCAGUGGCAUCAUAUCGUGGUUCGCAGCUAUCGCCGAGUGGCUGUGCGAUCUGCGAAUCGUCGUCUAUCAAAAGGACGGGAAAGAACUCCGCGUCACGCACCCAGACCAAGAGCCCCAACUCACCCUGGUGUUUGUACCGGAAGCUGGCAUCAAAGCAUCCUUCGACCCGUGGAAACCUUCAGGACCUGCUGUCGAAGAAAUGUCGCUGAUCGAUCGGACAUACUCUGCCACUCUCCACACCACGAGAUUUGGAGGCCGGGUUGCGUGGCAGUCUCUGCUUCCUCGAGUAUUCGGCAAGAGCUUCCACCAUCUCGAUCAUGACAACUCCAAAGCCUUUGGGACAAUGAUUGGGAGCGCGGCGCGCAUGUUCGAGGGUCUGGCGCACGGCAAGGGACACGAGGAUCACGGGCAGUUGGUGUCGGUCCAAAAUCAGAGCAAUACCGCGUCAUACGGCGCCGGUCUCAUCGAAACCAUCACCAAUUGGCUCCCCGAGCUGCGCAGAUUUCAAGGUCGCAUGGAACGGUCGUUGAAAUUGUCACAUGAGGAUGCCUCAGCCUCGUAUGUGGAGAACUUGACCAAGAUCAGAAAGGCCUGCCACUGUGGAAUCUGCACGUCCAAGGAUGAGGUGGACAAGGACAAGGAGGGCCAUCCCCCCGAUCACGGCUACUGUCUGGCAGUGUUGGUUGAGACGGUGAUCUCGCUGGGGUUGGCUCUGGCCCGGAUGGCCGUGUCGGCGCGACUGUUUCCCACCAGAUCCGGUAUCUACAGCUUCUAUCAGAGUCAGGUGGCCCGGAGAAUGGAGGCUCGAGGCCUGCACUGGACGAUGCAUUUCAAACUUGUCUAUGGGAACGUGUGGAACGCCCCUGAUGCCGUGCGACUUCAGAACUCGUUGCAAAUAUUUGCCGGGUCGAGACCCCAAGGGCACCUUCCGGAGAACUUGGUCGCGCUGUCACAUGAGGGAUGUUGCGCAUAUUUCAUGGAUUUGGAAAAGAGAAUGAAGUCGUCGUCAGAUUGCCCCCAGGUCAAAUUGAUCCGCGUGGUGCCCGGGGGAAUCAACGUUGGCGAGAAGGUCUUUGACAGGGCGUGCCUGGGGCCUAUCGAAGAUGCUGACCCAGAUGAUCCCUGGGAGGCCAUCAUUUAUGAGCAUCUUCCCGAGCCUCUCUUCUGCAAAUGA